AUGCCAAAUGAGCGAAUUCGACAGAAACUCCACCAAGUCAACUUAGCCGCUGAAGAACAUUUUUCUCCUGUCCAAGACCAUGUCAAGUUCACUCUUCAGCAAGCGUAUUUCAAAUGUGCAUAUGAGUGCUUUGAUAGGGAAAGAAGCUAUGAUGAGAUUAGCGAUUGUGUAGAAAAUUGCAGUGUUCCAGUUGUUAGAUCUCAACAUAUACUUGAGGACGAGAUGGCUAAGUUUCAAGAAACGAUGAAAAGGUCGCUGAUGGUCUGCCAAGACAAGUUUGGGGCAGCUAAGCUCCAAAGGAAACCAGAUGCCCUGAAUGAUUUGGAGACCUGUGUUGAUCAGUCAACCCAGGACGGUGUCAAGAUGCUGCCGCAUCUUGCUGCAAAGUUGAAGACCUCCUUUUUUCUCAGUGAUUGAGUGAAAAGUAGUGUAAAACCUUAUUUUCGUGAGACUCAGGAAGUUGAAGUAUCACUGCUUAGUGACAGUUUUGGUGAAAAAUCAAAUCAUCCUGUAGGUGUAGGAGAAUAAUUACAUAUAGGUGAUCAACUAAUUUUUUAAUAGUGAACUCCACUAAUUUUCAAAACGAUUGUAUGGUAUUUACGUACUUCACGACUGUAUGUAGCAUUACUCUUUUUCCUCUUA